CGUUCCAUUUUUGUUUUCAAUUAUUACUUUCUUCCAAGAGUCUAGAGAGAGAAAAAGAAAAAAACAAACAAGAGAUGGAAAGAAGAAAGUCUGAGACGAAGAAGAAGUUCCCUUUGACCGAACCGACGAAUCCACUGGCCAUCUCUCUCUAACAUCCAUUCGUGAUUUGUAUCAGUCAUCGUCAUAGAGAGAGAAAUAACUAUUUACCAGUUUCCGUCGCCGGAAUCUGUUGACCCUACACCUAUGCACGUCGUUGAAUCUCACAGGAUCCGACACGUUUGGCCGGAAGACUAGACAGAAAGAUCGAAAGAGAGAUGAGCGGAGAUCACCGUCCUUUAAUCCGAUUGUUAAUAUUAUCUCUGGAUUUUAUCGCUUUUAUAAAGCUCUCUCUCCGUUAGAAUCGGUUCUCUUCGUCUUUUUAUUCACAAAAAAAAAUAUAUAUAUAUAUAUAUAUAUAUUCAUUCUUUCCUCUUCUUUCUUCUUGUUUCCCUAAUUUUCGAUCGGGAAACUGUUUGAUUUGUGAUAAAGAGGAGAAGAAGAAGAAGAAGAAAUUACAGUUAGGGUUUGUAAUCGUCUCGUUAUUUGUUCUUUGAAUUUGUUAUCAACAUAUAAGAAAGAUGCCUAUGGAUGAAAGCUUGUUAGACGACAUCAUACGGCGGCUCCUCGAUGUGAAGAAUGGCCGGACGCCGAAGCAGGUCCAGCUCAUGGAGGCGGAAAUCCGUCAGCUUUGUGUCAAUUCUAAGGAGAUCUUUAUAAGCCAGCCUAAUCUCCUCGAGCUUGAAGCUCCUAUAAAGAUUUGCGGAGAUAUUCAUGGUCAAUAUUCUGAUCUUCUCCGACUUUUUGAAUAUGGUGGGUUCCCACCUGAGGCAAACUAUUUGUUCUUGGGGGACUAUGUCGACCGUGGUAAGCAGAGCAUUGAGACCAUUUGCCUCCUCCUUGCAUACAAGAUCAAAUACCGGGAGAAUUUCUUUCUUCUCAGGGGCAACCAUGAAUGUGCCUCCAUCAACCGUAUAUAUGGCUUCUAUGAUGAGUGCAAAAGGAGAUUUAAUGUCCGCCUAUGGAAGACAUUCACCGACUGCUUCAAUUGCCUGCCAGUGGCUGCUCUUGUUGAUGAGAAGAUCCUUUGCAUGCAUGGUGGAUUGUCUCCUGACUUGAAGAAUUUGGAUGAGAUUCGAAAUAUUGCUCGCCCUAUUGAUGUGCCCGAUCAGGGCCUUCUCUGUGAUCUUCUCUGGGCUGAUCCAGAUAAAGAUAUUCAAGGCUGGGGCGAGAAUGACAGAGGUGUCUCUUACACAUUUGGGCCUGACAAGGUUGCUGAAUUCCUUCAGAAACAUGAUCUUGAUCUGAUUUCCCGAGCUCACCAGGUUGUGGAAGAUGGUUACGAGUUUUUUGCGAAGCGACAACUUGUGACAAUUUUCUCAGCUCCAAACUAUUGUGGGGAGUUUGACAAUGCUGGUGCAAUGAUGAGUGUGGACGAUACAUUGACAUGUUCUUUUCAGAUACUUAAGCCUUGUGAAAAGAAAGGGAAAGCAGGAAUUGGCAACGUGUUGAGACCUGUAAUGCCUCCGGAUAAGGGUGGGAAGGUAUAUAUUGUUUGACGUACCUAUUCUGGGUGGAAAUGGUGGUUAACCCACCGGAUCGUGACGCGUGCAUAGCCCUUUUGUACCAUCAGUAGUCGUUUUCCACAGGUAGCCAGUGUCGACAAAAGGACCAGUUGUGGCCUACAUUUUAUUGCUGAAGGUCAAUAUAUGGAGAUAUGCAGAAGGUUGGAACGCUGUUGUGCAAGCAAGAGGAAGCAUAAUGAGCCUAAAUUCUUGCAAUUCAUUUUUGCUUUUAACAUGUAAAUUAGAAUCAGAAUUCAGUGUCAGUAAUUAUUGUUAUAAUGAUGCAAACUGCAAUCCUUUCCUGGUAAAUUGGAUUGGGAAUUGACCGGGAAUGAUUCCGAUUUUCACUGUUCUGAAUCAGAAUAUUUCUGCCAAUAUUUCCCUGAA